AUGGUAAACUACCCGUACGACGACCCGACAAUCGAGGAAGCCAAGCGGGAUUACCUGAAGAAGCUGGCCGGGUUCGCCGAGGACCAGAAUCUGUCUGAGGAUCUACGAUCAUAUGUUCGAGCCAUUACAAUCGCCUUCACCAUCUUUGCCGCUUUUAUUGUUGGUUUGCGAUUUACCGCACGCCAUCUCCAGGGUGCGAAAUACCUGAUCGAUGACUAUACGAUGUUGGCUGCGUUGUUUCUUUUACUCGGAAACAUGAUUAUGAACCUGAUAUUGGUUGAUGGCGGCAUCGGGUUGCAUUCGGGCCGCCUUACGCUUGAACAGUUGCAAUUCCUCGACAGGACCAUGGUCGGUGCUGAGAUAUUGUAUGUCAACGGCGUCAAUAUGUACAAGGUUGCGCUGCUGCUUCUCUACCUUCGCAUCUUCCCGAUGCGUGAGGUUCGGAAAGGAGCCUGGAUCUGCGGGAGCUUAACAUCUCUUUGGACGCUCGCCUGUGUCAUCGCUGCCUCGAUACAAUGUCUCCCGUUAAACACGUUAUGGGAGCCCUGGAAACCGGGUACCUGCAUCAAUCUGUUCUUGACACAGUUGUGCAUUGCUGUACCGAGCAUCAUCGUUGAUAUCGCCAUUCUUUAUCUACCAAUUCCCCAUGUCUUGAAACUUCAGAUGAACCGCGCUCAGCGUAUCUUGGUUCUUUUCACCUUUUUGCUUGGAAGUUAUGUCGUUUUUUGCAGUGUCUAUCGCUUCCGGAUUUUCCUGCUGUAUACGAAAAAUGACGUACCGUAUUCACUGGCGCAGGGUCUCGCAUGGAACAUCAUUGAGAUAAGCAGUGGCAUAGUGUCAGCUUGUUUACCGACUCUGGGUCCCAUCGUUCGAGUCCUUUGGAAAGGACUGCUCGAAUCAGCUCAACGAAGUGGCUUGGAAAGAUACGCUUACGGCACAUCUUCGAAUAAAAAAUCGGCGAAUAGGUCAGCAGGUGUGACCAUCGGCGGCGGUCAGCGGUCCGGAAACGCCUCGCACGCCAGAGACGGCUCCAAAGACUGGUCAAAGCUCUCCGAAUCUACCAACAAAUCCAACUACCGCGAAGAGGCCAAGUAUGGUAUCGGACUCAGGACAAUGGGCGGAGGUGACGAUGACCGCAGCUCACGAAGCUCAAACGACGUGGAACUCGCGCCUCAGAACACCGUCAGCGUAACGAUCAGGAGUCCCGCAAGAGCCAAUUUCUCAGAAGACGACCAGAUUGUGACGGCGAGGGAGCGUUAUCACGGAAAAAAACUUACAAAGCAGAAUAGUCCGUCGGAAUACCCUCACUCGGACAACAGGAUCUGGCAGCAUCGUGAGGUUGAAAUAACUACGGAGCCAGUGGAACCAGAGUCUAUGAUUCCCGAGUUCAACAGCAAGAGAAAGUCAGGAAUGUAA